CUGACGGCAACGAGUGGAAUGAAACUGUGUGGUUUCACCGAUUUAAGCAAUUGGUUUACAUGAAGUCUUACCUUGAGAUCAUAUAAUGCGGCGAACACGCUCAUUCAAGGCAGAUGAGGCUCUGCAGCUCCUUGCUCAUGAUGAGCAGCUCUCCGACUCCGCAGAGAUAUCUACAACACCAUUGCCCACAUCGUUUAAAGGCGAAUUGGCCAAGUACAAGUUCAAAGAAACCGACACAAUUUCAAAUACUAGCGUAAAAACCUCCGAGCCGCCGCAACGGACAACAAAACGCAUGCGGACUACGGCGAGACCCGCCACCGACAGCAAACCUACUGGGUCUCCACCCCCCAAGAAGAAGCGUAAACCAAGUAAAUAUGCCGAUCCUACAAAAUACGCGCACCUAUCGCCGCUAGUUGAUAUCCUUGAGCCAAACCUGAUCUGCGUCUUUGUUGGCACGAAUCCGGGUAUUCAAACAGCUACCGCAGGACAUGCGUAUGCGCAUCCUUCCAACCACUUCUGGAAGUUACUUCACUCCUCGGGUCUUACCGAUCGCCGAUUGAAACCCGAAGAAGACAGGAGCCUUCCAGCGCUAUAUUGCAUGGGUAAUACAAACAUCGUGGAACGAGCAUCGAAAGACGCAGCCGAGCUAUCCAGGGAAGAGACUGUGGCCGGCACGGCAAAUCUCGACGCAAAGUUCCUCUUAUAUAAACCCGAGGCCGUCUGUAUAGUUGGCAAGGGUAUAUGGGAGGCAAUAUGGCGGUACCGUUACAACAAGAAUAUUACCAAGACCGAGUUCAAGUACGGGUGGCAGGAUGAGAAGCAUAACAUGGGGAAGAGCAAGGACGGGGAGCAGGAUUUGGAUGCUGACGGUAAUGUUUGGAAUGGCUCGCGAGUAUUUGUAACGACGAGUACGAGCGGUUUGGCGGCUAGUUUGAAACCAGCCGAGAAGGAGGCUAUCUGGAAGCCUUUUGGGGAAUGGGUGCAGACAAGGAGGGCUGAAAGAGGGUUUAAGCUUCGGCCGAAGGAAGCUGAAGAUGCUUAUCAAGAAGGAGAACAAUCGUGAGCUCAUCCUAGCUCCUUUUUUUGGGUGCUCUUUUUCAAGCUUUGUAUCCCUAACCUGAGAUUUUCUGCUCAGCAUGGUGUAUUGAUUCAAAACUGGGUAGACUCGGAACAUAUUGAUAGCGGCUCAAAAUAAUAACGUUCUAUCAUCAGGCUCGCACUUUUGGC